AUGCUUCGCGGAGGAUGUCAAGCCUUGGAAAGGCGGAGACACUUGAGCGACAGCCUCAGCUGGCAACAAGACCAGGCGCUGAACAGCAGCAUCUACCUCCUCCGGGAGAUGGGCCCCACCGGCUUCCUGCUGAGGGAGGAGGAGCCCGAAUUCGGGGAUUUCAGAGUUUUACUAGGAAAUCCUCAUGUUUGCAACUGUUCCACAUUUCUGAAAGGAAAAGAGCUAUGUAAGCACAUUUGCUGGAUAUUGUUGAAAAAGUUCAAGCUCCCAAGGAAUCAUGAAUCUGCUUUCCAGUUAGGCCUUGCGGAAGGAGAAAUAAAUGACUUGCUGCGGGGGAUCCACCGAGUUCAAACUCCCCAACCAGGACCCAAAGAUCAAAUCUCACAUGUGGAAGAAGAUGGGCACAUAAAGCAGAAGGAAGUUGGCUCUGAUGAUAUCUGCCCUAUUUGUCAAGAGGUGCUAUUAGAGAAGAGGCUCCCUGUGACCUACUGCAGAUUUGGCUGUGGCAAUAAUGUUCAUAUAAAAUGCAUGAAGAUUUUAGCUAAUUAUCCAGAUAUGAUAUCAAGUAUGUCCAUGUUGAAGUGUCCUCUAUGCAGGGAGGAGUUUGCACCAUUAAAGGUUAUUUUAAAGGAAUUCAAAAAUGCUAGCAAACUUGUGACUACAUCUGAGAAAGAACGACUAGACAAACACCUUGGGAUUCCAUGUAAUCACUGUGAACAAUUUCCAAUUGAGGGCAAGUGCUAUAAGUGCACCAGGUGUGUGGAGUAUCACUUAUGCCAGGAUUGCUUUGAGAGCUGCUGCCACCUUUCUCACACGUUCACGUAUCGGGAGAAAAGAAACCAAAGAUGGAAAGCAAUGGGAACGAGAUCAAAUGAAGUAAAAUAUUCAGAUAUUAAAAGAGAAAUAGAAGAUGUGCCAUGUGUUCCAGAAAAGCAAGGUCAGGUUUGCACACCAAAGCAUGUGGUAAAGUCACUGCCACUCCUCCUGGUCACCAAGAAGAGCCGGCUGCUUGCUCCAGGGUACCAGUGCCGGCUUUGUUUGAAGCCAUUUUGUCUUGGUCAAUAUACAAGACUGCUACCAUGUUCUCACAAGUUUCAUAGGAAAUGUAUUGACAGUUGGUUAUUCCACAAGUGCAACUCAUGCCCCAUUGAUGGACAAGCUAUAUACAACCCUUUGCUGUGGAAAGGGCUGACAUCAGAGAGACAUGCUCACCAGUCAGCUUCAGAUAUAAACAAAACAUAUCUGUCAAAGCAGGAAGAACCAAAACUUUUCGUUCCUGGUACUGGCUUAGUCUUGCAACAACACAGACUUGGAAUUUUACCUAGAAGAUCUCAGUGCAAUUCCAAAAUGUCGGCUGCAUUUCAAGAUCCAUCAGAAAGCUAUCAGAAUAUAACAAUAGAUGACCUGUGCUCAGUCAAAUUAGAUGAUUCUGAUUCACGAAAAUUAAUCUAUGAACAUAAAGUUAACCAACAUUUCCCCAGAUAUUUGCAAGAUUUAGCAUGUGGACCACCUGGUAAAAUGCCAUCUCGAACAUUUCUUCCAUCCCUUUUUCAUAAAAGUAGUAUAUGUCCCACUGGAAAGGAAAGUCCAUGGAUGUAUGAAAAGUACCACACAGGUCACAGUCAAAAGAUGGCCAAAGGCUGCAAACAUAUUAACCAUGAUGCCAAGAAGACUUUUGUUACUAAAAGGAGACAAGAAAAUAAGAGAACAAAUAUGUUACUUACAGAGGGUUUAAAUCUUACUGUCAACCAGAAUAUGACUAGCGUCAAUUUGCCUAAAAGGUAUAAUAAUUGUACGAGGAAAAUAAGACAGAAAUGUAAUUGGCCACCCAGACGACCUGUGUAUCACUCUUUACAAACAAAAAGUUCUGCACUGUCUUUAAUAAUAGAAGGAGUUCAGUUAUGA